UGGCGACCAAACAAGGACCCCACUACGGAAUCAACGUUUUUAUCCUUUUAAAUGCAAAUCCAAAAUUUGACUUGUUUCCUAGUAUAAAUUAGUACUAUCUGAUUAUACCAACUUCAAAACCAUCUUCUAUCUCCUUCUCCCUCUCCCUUUCAAGCGUAGCGCAGUUAUAUUCUGCACUGAUUGAGGUGGUUCUUUGAAUUUGGCCUAUUUUUCCUGUGAGAUUUUCUUGUUAAAUGGUACUUGUUCUUGAAUAUUGUUGCUCCUUUGUUUGUUAAACCCUUAGGAAGUUAGGAUGUUGUAAAAACUCAAUCUUUGUUCUUUAGAUAGCCGUUGACCUUAAAUAUUGUCACAAUCUUGUUUAUAGAACUGGACUGCUCUUGAAUUGUUGAUUUUGGGUUGUCUAUUUUUCAUCAAGAUGAGUGAAAGUAAGACAGAAACACCAGUAAAUCCACCUUCUUUUUCAAGAAAGCUUCCUGAUUUUAAACAAUCUGUGAAGCUGAAGUAUGUUAAACUUGGAUACCAUUACCUCAUUACACAUGGAAUGUACCUGUUUUUGUCACCUCUAGUUGUUCUCACUGCUGCUCAACUUUCCACAUUCUCACUCAAUGACCUUUAUGUUCUUUGGGAUCAACUUAGGUUUAAUCUUAUAUCUGUUGUCAUUUGCUCCACCCUUUUGGUCUUUCUGUCUACUCUCUAUUUCUUUACCCGUCCUCGCCCUGUCUACCUUGUCGAUUUCUCGUGCUACAAACCGAUAGAUGCAAGGAAGUGCACAAGGGAACAUUUCUUGGAAAUGUCUAAGUCCGUUGGAGCGUUUUCUAACGAAAACCUUGAGUUUCAAAGGAAAAUUGUUGAGAGGUCUGGUCUUGGUGAUUUAACUUACCUCCCCGAAGCAGUGACUCAUGUACCGCCAAAUCCUUGUAUGGCAGAAGCAAGAAAAGAAGCCGAGGCUGUUAUGUUUGGAGCCAUCGACGAGCUUCUUGCUAAAACCUCUGUUAAACCUAAGGAUAUUGGAAUUUUAGUUGUGAAUUGCAGCUUGUUUAACCCGACCCCCUCUUUGUCUGCGAUGAUUGUCAACCAUUACAAGCUUCGUGGGAACAUUGUUAGUUACAAUCUCGGUGGAAUGGGUUGUAGUGCUGGUUUGAUCUCGAUUGAUCUUGCGAAAGAUCUUCUUCAAGUCCAUCCCAACACUUAUGCCUUGGUUCUUAGCAUGGAAAACAUCACUUUGAAUUGGUAUUUUGGUAAUGAGAAAUCUAUGCUCCUUCCGAAUUGCUUAUUCCGUAUGGGAGGUGCUGCUGUGUUGCUCUCAAACAAAAGAUCAGAUCGAAGAAGAUCAAAGUAUCAGCUGGUCCAUACUGUUAGAACUCACAAGGGUUCUGAUGAUAAGUGCUUUACUUGUGUUUACCAAAUGGAAGAUUCCGAUGGAAAAGUUGGAGUCUCUCUGUCGAAGGAGCUGAUGGCAGUAGCCGGUGAUGCUUUGAAAACCAACAUCACUACAUUGGGUCCUCUUGUGCUUCCAAUGUCGGAGCAGUUUCUUUUCUUCGCCACAUUGGCAGGAAGGAAGCUAUUGAAAAUGAAGAUUAGGCCUUAUAUCCCCGAUUUUAAGUUGGCAUUUGAGCAUUUCUGCAUUCAUGCCGGUGGGAGAGCUGUAUUGGAUGAAAUAGAGAAAAACCUGCAGCUUUCUGAUUGGAACAUGGAGCCUUCAAGAAUGACACUUUAUCGAUUUGGGAACACUUCAAGCAGUUCCCUUUGGUAUGAAUUGGCCUACUCGGAAGCCAAGGGAAGGAUCAAGAGAGGAGACCGAACUUGGCAGAUAGCAUUUGGUUCGGGAUUCAAGUGUAACAGUGCUGUUUGGAAGGCUUUGAGAACGAUAAAUCCAGCCGAGGAGAAGAAUCCGUGGAUGGAUGAGAUUCAUCAGUUCCCUGUUGAUGUUCCAAAGGUUGCAAGAAUCUAACAAUUUAAUGGAGCAUUGUAUUUAAUAAGCUAAGCGCUUCCUAAAUGUGUAAAGUUGGAAUCUUUCUCAGAAUACUAUGGUUACAGGAGGCAUCUGUAGAUUAGUCAAUCCCUUGCCUCGGAAGGUAGUCAUAAGCUGAGAUUUGAUUCAGUUUCUGAAUGUUUUAUUAAUACUACUUACUUUCAAAUCUUUACGGUUUCAAACUAAGCCUUCUUCUCAUUUUGAUGUAGUUGAUAUUGAGUUUAGGUACAUGAGUAGUAGGUAAUCUUUUGGAGUGAAGUGUUGUUUGUUCAAUAUUUGUUGGUUAAUUUAUGUAAAUUGAUUGAUGAUUAUUAUCCUGGAUUCAAGAAUUGGUCUAAUAUUAGUGGGA